AUGGGCGUACAAAAAUACUUCAAAGAGUUGAGGGAAGAAGUUUCGUCCAAGGACAAAAUCAGAGGGGUUCUGAUGGAGAUAGGAGGCCUUUCGACAGAAGAGCUGAACAACUCGGAGCUGCUUGAUAUACUUCUGAGUCUGAGCCAGAAUAACGAUCUUCUUAUUUCCCUAAAGGCUUUGCAGAUACUUACGCGGGUGUACAGACACAACAACAGAGGAAGCAGAGAGUACUACAGAAUUCUGUCAGAGGUGAUAAAAAACGAGCCAGACAGCAAGAAAACCGAGCAGAUACUUAUAUUCCUGCAGAGACUCGCAACACUUGAGUACACGAGACAGAAAGUCUCCAUUGAUCUGUUUAUCCAGGACCCCAUCAGAGAAGAAAUAGCAAAAAACAACGACUUGGUGGGAGCUAUACUGAACGUGUGCACAAAAAGAGCGUGCAAAUACCAGGGGCUUCUUCUCCUGUGGAUACUCACAUUCUCGCACAAGGCUCUUUCUGCUCUCAUAAACUCUCCGAUGUUCUACAUGCUUUCAUUUAUUUCAAAGGACGGAAAAGAGAAGGAGCUGAGAGUUUCCCUGGGGAUUGUGAGAAACUAUUUGGAAUUUGCUAAAAAAUACAACUACGAAACCUUUCAGAAAAUAGAAGAGCUUUUGUCCGUUGUUUCCAGCAGGGGAAAUAAAGAAGACCCGGAAGAACAGGACGAUCUAAAAUACUGCAGGGAGAAGUACUUCAAGCUCUCCCAAGAUGUGUCUACGUUUGAUGUGUACUUGAAUGAGCUGCAAAGCGGGAGCCUGCACCCGUUCCCAUACCACUUUAGCACAGAGUUCUGGAAGAACAAUUUUGAAAACCUAAUGAUCAGAAGAUCUGACAUAAUCAAGUCGUUGAAAAGGUUUUUGAAGUCAGAAGACGCAAACAACAUAUGGAUUGCUGCCAAUGACAUAUACAGGAUAGUGGAGGUGUAUCCUGAGUCAGUGGCAAUAAUAAGACAGCUGGACAUCCACUUGGUUCUCUUUGGCGUAUUAUCAUCCAACACCAGCGAAGACGUCAGAUUCCAUGCGAUGGAGGCCCUCAGUGCCUGCUACACCAAGGAGUAG